CCGCCUCUUCCUACUUACCUACUUCGAGACGAUGCGCUAUAAGGCAAGCCCUCUUUGAUCUGCUGCCCAGGCAGAGGCUCCCUUCCUUUUUCUCUCCCCACAUACUACCUCUACCCACCCUACUGUACUAUUAGGUACUGUAGCACUACUACAAUUCCUCUUCACCGGCGCACUCAGCAUGUCCACCAAGCGAUCUUGCAACGACGCCGACCUGCUGCUUCCCAUCUGUAGCACCCAGACCGCCGCGAAGCGCAACAAAAAGUUGUCACCGCCCCCCAAGCUCUCCAACAACAGUAGUGAAGCGUCCAUGGCUUCCACGCUCUUCAGCGACGGUGCUGCCUCUGACGUGACUGUCGCGAGUAGUGUCAGCUCGGUCGAUGGCCCAACCACCAACACUGAGCCAGAAGAAGGCACCGAACGAGCCUCGAGCACCGCCAGCGACGACUCCACCAGCGAAGACAGCUCGACCAUGGACGACGAAGCCGAUGCCGAAUAUGAGGAGGACGACGAGGAGCUGGAGCCGGUGCGCGUCACAUCCCUUCCUCGGCCCAACAGAAUCGCCGUCGAAAUGGGCAAGCCACAGAUCGAUCCCGACGUCGUUAUGGCCUAUGCAAAGGAGCUGGAGAGCAGACUACAUGCCUUCCUCCCAAAGCUGCGCCAGGCGAAUAGCGAGCUGGCUGAAGAGAGCGCAAAGCUCAACAUGGAGCAAGUGGACGAGAGCAAACAGCACAUCGAGAUGAACUUGGACUUGGGAGUGCUGGAGCAGAAACCGAUCAAGCACGAGAGGAUGUCUGAGGGUAUACGAUUACCGAGUAGAGCUGCGGCCCCUACUCGGGACGAAUCGCAAAUACUGUCACCAAACAUGACGGUUUCAGCCUUGCUCCAUGGUCGCAAAGAUCAUGCGCAAGACAUCAAGGUGGAAGUCAUGGACACUCCCGACGCGGGCUGAUGAGGAUGAGCUUGAAACAUUGCUACAAUAUCAUCUCAUACUGCGAAUGCUGUAAUGCUCCUCUGACAGAGCCAUGGCAAACGCUUCUCACGACACGCGAUUCCGCCUAGGCAUGGGGAAGCUCUUCUGUGAGUCUGAAGACAAGAAUUCAGUCCGACUCCCACGCAGCUUGUAAACCGCAGCCUCGCAAAGCAGAGGAAUUCGAGCUUCUGGGGUACGUCAUGGCCGCUGCAACUCAUGCGCAAGUUCGGUCAAGUCUGGACGGAGAAGCGUACUCGUUGUGGCGCACGAGUCUAGGUAGCGACGGUCUUACGAAGGGAAAAUCCAUAGGAGAAUGCAAAUGACUCGAGCAUGUGCCGGAAACUAAACCUCUGUUGAAUCCCAAAGCUCGCGCGCUGAUCGGUCUCCAAGGAUCCUCAUCUCGCCCAGGAGGUAUAGGGGCGACCUGAAUCCUGUAUACUACACCGUCGGGCAUAAGGGCUGUAAGAAUAUCUGAACAUGCUUGACCACACGUUGCAGAGAGAAACUUAAGUAUAUUUUGGCUGAUGAGGCAAACGCGAAAGAAUGAAAAAAGAAAGAAAAAAAUAUGUACUUUCUUAUCUGGUUUCCACUAGUUCUACUCCAUGAGCAGGUGGGGGGCUUCCUGCAUCAGGACUUUGCUUUGGCCUGCAGAUCAUAUGAACUCUCAUUUACACCUCACUCUACUGGGCAUGUACGAAGUGCAGCCGUCUGCUGUCAAGAAUGCUGCCGUCACUUUGCUAGGUACUGGGAGGAGAGAGAGAGAGAGAGAGAGCAGGGAGGGACUGUGUUUCUGUCAUCAGUUUCUGAAAGGAUUUCUCACGUGCCUUAGGUACCUAGCGGUAUGUGCAUGGAGGAGUCCAGUGAGACUUCCGACAUUGAAAUCUUCAAAUUUGCAUUGAUUAUUG